CUGCAAUCUGCUAUGUAUAAGUUUAAUGUAAGUAGAAAUAUAGUUGUAGUGUUUAAAACUGACACAAACCCAGAGCCAUGUUUAACGGAGGGUAAGGGGAGGAGGGUAAUUUACCCCUCGGUUGGCAAAUUUUAUGGUGUUUGAUGGGGCAACACAUUUUUAAGACCAAAAUAAAAAUGAAAAAAUAUAAUAUAUUUCGGGUAUUCUUUAUAUUUCCUAUAGGUAUACAUAUUUUGUUCAUAAAUACCAAAUAUUAUUAGGUACUAUUAUUUACACUUUUAUCUAGCACUAGUUAAGCAUUGCCAGGCCAGCUAGUAUAUUUUUGAAUAAUGGUGUAGGUAACUUUGGAAAUUAAAAAAUUAGAACAAUAGGUAUAUAAAUAUAAUAAAAAGUAAUUCCCCUUAGUUUGUGACGGGAAAAUGAUAUACCUAUCGGCCAUCACACUUUAGUAAUAAGUGAAAUGCAAUAAUAAUAUUUCGAAAAUUCAAAUAGGUAAUAUGGGUAACAUCGAGUAGCGGAUUUGCGGUAGAUAGUUGAACUUAUAAUGAAUAGACACAGGCCAUAUUUAUUCCAUUGUAUCUAUGCCACAAGCUCACAAGACACGUAACGACAAAAAAUUGAUUAUCUAUAAAACAGAUUAGACAGAUUUAAUGUUCAUGAAUUAGACCACGGUAUUGGGAUAUUAUAAUAUCUAUUUUUAUAGACCGUGUAGGGUUGUAGAUAAGGUGACCUUAUGGAUCUAUGUGAUACACCGUGGUUAUAGAUAAAACAACGACCGUGGUACAAUCACAGAAUAGAUAAAAGAUAUUCGGCACGCGAACACAAUACACAUACGCAUUUUUUUUCAAUUAUUCUACUGUUUUUUAUUUUGAAGUUAUUUGGGUCGUCGCUUUUCUUUUUUGCCGCGAUCAACCUCCUCAUGUCUGAAGUUGCUCAACUGUAGUCUAUAGAGCAUAGAAUAUAGAUACAUUUUUUAUAACUAGUUUAGAGACGUUCACCAAUUACAAAACAGAAUCAUGACGUCCUCCAAGUAUUGUGUGAGAACUCGAAAUAGAAUAAAACUGCCCAAUGCAAAGGUGAGAAACGCUUGUAUUUGUAAUUAUUAUACUAAUAAAAUUAUUGUCACCACUAACGACAUUUUCAAAUACACUUGUUGACGUAGAUGGUUUUGUCAUUUUUUUAAAAUUGUUUUAAUUUCAGAAUUUAGAAACGGAACAGGACCACGAUGAGUUUUUGUCCAAGUUGACUUCGGCUUUGUGUUGUGAGAAUUUUAAUAGACUUCCUCUCAAUUCCAGUCUCGGGCGUUUGCCAUUAUCUGGUAUAAAAUAUUUGCUUUAUUUAUUAAUUAUAAGGUAUGCAUUAUUAUUACUAGUGAUUAUAAAUACUAUAAUAUGUAUAAUCUAUGUUAUUACCAAAUAGGUAGUAAGUUAUAUACAACUACAAUUUAUUUAAAAUAAGAUUUAGAUACGUUUUUCAUGAUUCACCGAUAGCAGUUGGACAAUCUGUUUUCACAAUAUUAUACCUACUGCUGCCAUAUGUCUUUUCACAUGGUGUUAAUUAUAGUACUAUAUCUAGCAUACUACCUAGUUAUAUAUAUUGUGUGUAACCUAGUAUACUGUAGUACCUUUACUAAAUUCUAUUCACACCAUAAUGUAUAAAAUAUACUAGAAAGUACCUAGCAACAGCAAAGAUAAAAAUUAUAAGUAUGUUACAAAAUUAAUUAUUGUAUGCAUUCAAUCUAUCAGUAGUUUCGACCCUUGUGGUAACAUGAGCGUAACAUGUCGUAUCAUGUAUGAGUUUUUAAAAUUUUUGUUUUAAAAGUGAUAAAUCAAUUUAUAAAUCAGAAUUUUAUUAUGAAAAACUAUUAAAUCAUUAAGACUAUUUAUUACUAAUAAGUAACACAUUAAAUUAUUUAGUCAAAACUUGCAAAUAUAUCAGAAAUAAAAAUAAAAAUUUACAAUUUUUAUUAUAAUACAUUUUAUUUUAAAUCUGACUGUGCUGUUCGACAAGAUUUACAAAUAUUACUUGUAUGUUCUUUUCAAAUAGGUAUGCUUGUUACAUAGCUUACAGCAAACUUAAACAUGAUAAAUUUUUAUAAAUAUAAUUAUUUAUAAAAGUUUAUUAUUAUAUUUUACGUUCUUUUUAUCAAAAUUAUCAAGUUAUGACUAGUCAUAUUUUUAACAUACAAUUAUGAAUUUGGUAAUGUUAUUUAUAGAAAUAUUCUUAGAAAUAAGUAGAUAAAGUAUACAUUAGCACCUAAGUUGUUAAAUAAAAGCCAGUGGUAGCUAAAUUAGUAAUUGAGUGAACAUCAGGCUCAUAUAUGAUUGCUGACAGGUUAAAUCCAUAUUGUAAUUGAUACAAUACAUCCUAUAGUAUUACAUUUUAAAUUCUGAGUGAAGUGAUAAAUGUAUUAGUCUCAUAAUGAUGUGCAUUUCUUAUUUAAAGUGCCUGUUUUCUAUAGUAGGAUAACAAUUUAAGUGUGGUUUCUGGUGACUAAUAACAAAUUUUACCGUCAUUAAAAAAUAUCAAAAAUUCAUGUGCAAAUUUUUUUCUAUAGAUAUUUGAAGUGGAAAUUUGGACAUUACAAAUUGGAAAAAUAAUUAUUUUAGUUAUUUGGUUGUAUCCUGGGUAAUUGAAAAAAUAUUUGAAUUUUGAUAUACAAAUUUUGCCAUGAAGUAUGUUAUUAUUUAUUAGGCAAUUUAAUUUUCAAAAUAUUAGAUCAAUUAUAAGCUAUUUUUACUAUGAACUUAUCACAGUUCACACCAAUAUAAGGUGUAUUGUUAUUAAAAUAAAAUUAAUAACAAUAAUGUAUUAAAUAUUACAAUAAUUUAUAAUUAUCAAUAAUAUAAUAAAAUAGGAAAUGCAAUUAUUCUGGUAGAAAUAUCUAUUGUUUUCCUAAUAGAAAAAUAUAUUACAAUAAAUUAUUUAUUGUUGUUGAUACUCGAUCGUGAACUUGUGAUAAAAUUGUAAUACAUAUUGAUAAAUUGUCUGUAUUCUGAUUGGCUAUCAAUAUUUCUAUAUUGGUGAAUAAUCUGGAAAAUUAGAUAUGUUCUAUUACCAACAACUGUAUAUUAGCGUGAUUCCUUCAACCGGUAUACUUAUUUGUAAUUCACAAUACAAACUAAUAUACAAGUUAUCACAAGGGAUAACACAAUAAAUUGUAUUAUAACGGAAUUUAGGAACCUAUACCUGGGUGUUUAACAUCUUGGUUCAGCAUCCAAAUUAGUUAAUAUUGUUAUAGGUACAAGCCAUAACAUUGUAAAAAAAACCGUUGAGAUAUUAUAUACAUAUUUAUAUCAAUAUUACCCUUAAAUUCAGGUGUAUAAAUGAAAGGUAUAAACUAUAUCCAUGAAUUAGUGAUGGGUUUUAUUGUAUUUUUCUAUAAAGGAAUAAAGUAGGUAAUUUUAUUUAAUUAUUAUUUACAUUUAUAUUAUAUUAUAAAAAUCAUAUAAAAUUAAAUGUAUACUAAGAUUUUUGCUCAUUUUAUUACAGAAUUGGCUCAAGAACUUAAAACAGGGAAAUUAAUAUCAAAAUUUGAAGAUUUUGAUUGUUAUUCUGAUGGAGAAGAUGAAUCACCAUAUGUUUAUACUUGUUCGUUUGUAUUGGCUAUAAUGUAUUUUGAACGACUUAAAGCAUCCAAUCCUAAUUAUUUAAAAUGUAUUAACUCAUCAGAAUUGUUUCUUAUGUCUUUGGUAAAUUUAAUAAGUUUCUAGAACCUACUCAAUUUAAUAAUGCUCUUCACAUAAAUGUAUUUUUAAUUUGUAUAGUUAGUUGCUAGUAAAUAUCUUCAUGAUGAUGGUGAACUUGAUUCGGCGAUCAAUAGUGAAUGGGCUGCAGCUUAUGGUAUCAGUCUUAAAACUAUUAAUCAAAUGGAAAAAGAUUAUUUAUCUGCCAUGGUAAUGUUCUUUAAAUAUAAGAUCUUAUAUACAUUCAAUUAUUUUUAAUCUAAUAGUUUCCAUGCUCUACUCAAAUUUUUGAAUAAUAAACCUAAGCUCUAUUAAAAUAUUUUAAGUUUAAACCAGAGACUGGAACUUUUUGAAUUUAUCAGUAUUGGUUCCUAUACGGUUCUCCAAAAAUAAAAUAACUGUUUUGGCUUGGGUCCGGUUAAUUUUUAGUAGGCACCUAAUAUAAAUAUUAUUAUUAUUUUUACUUUUAUUUGUCUGUAAUUUUCUUACAAAAAUAUGGAAAAAGUAAUAUUGAUCUACAGCUUUUGUAUACUGGCUACAAUAUGUGUGAAUUAUGGUGCUUACUAGGAAAGACAUUUCCAAUUAAUAUUAUUUCAAUGAAUGUCUGGCAUGUAAUCAAAUCGUAAAAAAAUAAUAAAUUUAAAAUUUAAAUACCUAUCUAGAAUUCGGGUUUUUAUAUAUUUAUAGUUAAUAGUAUGAGAAAUAUUAGAAAAUUCAGAUGAUCAUUCAUAACAAAUUAUUUGUACUAUUUAUAGUUUAUAGCUUAUACUAAUAAAUACUAAUAAAUUAUGUAAAUCAAAUUAUUUUAUUUUUGAACCUAUAAAGGUUUUGGUUCCGGUUCUAGUUUUUAAUAUUUUAAAGUUUCCGGUUUUAAAACCGGUUAUUUUAGGUUCGGUUACAGUCCCUAAUUUAAACUUUUUGACAGUAAUCUUAAAAUUUACCAUACAGUCUCUUAUAUAAAUGGCUGUUCCAUUUACAAAUGAUACAGAUGAUCUUAAUAGAUUUGUAGAAUGGUGUACAUUAAAUAAUUUUAGUUUAAAUGUUUUAAUUUAUUUUUUUACUGUAAUAAAAAUAAUAUGUUAUUUGUAUACUUAAUUAGGAAAUCUAAGUUUCCUGAUUUGGUCAUUAUACAUGACCUUGGUGUAACAUUCCAGUCAAAUCUACUUUUUUCUACUUAUAUAGAGAAAGUGUGCCUAAAAACAGUUACAAUUUUGAGCUUUUUAAUUAGAUCAACCAAAUCUUUUCUUAAUGAACAGUGUCUUACAGUUCUCUAUUGUUCCUUGGUCCAUUCCAUUUUUCAAUAUUGUUCCAUUAUAUGGAAUCCAAAUUCCCUUAGCAAUUCAGAGAUACUAGAAAUAGUGCAAAGAAGAUUCAUUCAUUUUAUUGACUAUAAAAGGAGAAUAACUAAUACCCAAGAUAGAUGACCUCCUUUUUAACAAUAUCCAGCUUUAUCAAAAACUAGAUUUCCUUUCUACUCUUUGCAAAAUGACUGGUAUGUCUUUCCUUUAUCAACUAUUAAACAGAAUUAUAUUGUGACUACCAUUGCUUGACCAAAUUCCUUUUUAUGUGGUAAUCUACUGUACAAAUUAUAGGGGGGUAAAUCACUAGCCAAUUUUUUGUACACCAGACUUUCAACUUUGUAUACUUUCAUGUACUUCCAAGUAGUUCCAAAGUAAUUCCAAAUAUUUGUAUACCUAUUUCUACUUUGUACUCCUCUCAAAUUAUGAUCAAUAUAGUCCACUGAAUUGGCAUUAUGUUGAAAAUAAUUUUUCUAACUAGUCUAUCAAAUUUUAAGCAUUACUCUUCAAAUUUUUGAUUUUCUGUAUUAUGAUAUUAUGUAUUAAUAUGUUCUGUUUACAUACCAUAAAUGUUUACCUUUGUAAUAAUUAAUUUAUUGUAAAUAUUUAUUACUAAUACACUUGAGUCUAUUUAAUAACUUUAAAAUAAAUUAUAAUAAUUAAAAUUAAAAACUGAUAAGAAAUAUAAUAAAAUCUCUCCCCCAAAAAAAAUAUAUAAAAGGAAAAUGUAAAAAUGUAUAGUAUAUUAUAAUAGAAAACAAAAUAUUAAUUUUUGGUAAGUUUCAUAAACAUAAAUACAAUCCAUUAGUAGCAUUGAUUUUCUAAAAUGAGUAAUGGAUAACUUAAAAAUUUUAAAAUAAUUGGAAUUUUCUAAAUAUAAUGAAUUAAGUCUAACCUACCAUAACAACAGUAUUUACAUUGGGAAAUGGAUUGUGUAUGAAUAAGACUCGCAUAAUGAUGAGAUACACGAAAAAAAAAAAUUAAUCAAAUCAAAUUUGUUUUUUAUAAUUUAUUUCACCGAGUUUAAAAUUCACAGUUAUUGAUUGUCAUUUGUUUAUUGGAAUGUAUUUAUAGAACUGGGAAUUUUUUAUAAGUGAUGAAGAAUUUACUACCAAACACAAACAAAUAGUUGAUCAACUAUAUGGUGAUUUGAAGAAAUCAAAUUCUGUUCUUUUGAAAAUGUUCCUAUUGAUAUCAUCAGUUGUACAGACAAUUAGAAAGGUUAGUUAUUAUUUUAUUAAAUUUAUUUAUUAUUCAAAUUUAUUUAUUAUUCAAAUUUAAUUAUUUAAUGAUAUUAUUAUUUAGUUGUACAGAAGGAAAAUUGUUCGUCAGAAAAUUAAACAAAUGAUUGCCAUGUCUACUGUUAUUACUGUAGUAACUGCUACGUCUAUGCGACUUAAAAUUAACAAUGAAAAUCAAAAUUUGAUACCAGAAUUAUAUGAUGAAAUUGAGUCUAAUCCAAAUUAUCCAAUAAUUUCCUUCACACAUAAUAAUGAGACAGUACAUCCAGAACAUGCUACAGAUGAUUCUAAAACAUGGCAUUCAUAUAACUCUAAAUUAGUACAAUUACUCGAUCAUUUGUUACUGAUGAAUAUCUGUGUGUCUGAGAAUCGUCAAUUACUACAUCAAACUACUACCACUAGUGAUACUGAUAUGAAUCAUAUUCAAAAUACAACAAAUUUAAAAUAUUUUACGUUUUUUAAUUAUCUAAAAUCUGAAAAUCAUAAGUCUUGAAAUAUUCUUUUGUUAAAAUAACUAUACAUUUUAUAUUGUACAAAAAACAAAUGUGAUUUACAUGAUGAUAAAUUUAUAUCUGCAUUAUAAAUCAUUUUUAUCUCAGAUAUAAUUUUUUAUAAUAAUUAAUUUAAAAAUUGCUAACACAAUUAUUAUAAUUUUAAGAAAAUGUCAAAUUACACUAAGCAUAAGAAAAAAUAAUUUAUUUGAAUUUAAAAAAUAAUUUGUUUUUUUAAUUUCUGUACAAUCCAAAUAUUUUUAAAUUCAUUCAAAUUUGUCAAAAAAAUUAAACUUAAUUUGUUAUAGUUUAAUGUUUUUCCAUUUAUCAAGACAUUUUUUAAAGCACAAUGAAUUAUGAUAAUAAGACUGGAAAAUAUAUUAAAGUUCAAUAUAUUUGUAAUCAAUUUCAUAUUUAUUUUGAUUGUUAUUAAUCAUAAUGCAUAUUAAUUAAUUUCUAUU